AGACAGACAGGUAGACAGACAGGUAGACAGACAGACAGAGGGCGCCAGCGAGUCAGUGUAAAACUUUAACAGUGGUGACGGUGUAACUGUCAGGGUGAAGUGAAGAACACAUGAGACACGGCUUAAAGUGAGAGGAGCAGGAAUCUCUCACUUUAGAGAGAGAGAGAGAGAGAGAGAGAGAGAGAGAGAGAGAGAGAGAGAGAGAGAUGGGAGACCGACACAUUUCUCCGGUUAAGAACUUCGUGGCCGGUGGAUUCGGUGGCGCGUGCCUUCUGUUCACCGGACAUCCGCUCGAUACCAUCAAGGUUAUCCUUCAGACGCAGCCCAAAGCGUCACGCUCUCAGGAUGUUCUGUACACAGGAACACUCGACUGCUUCCGAAAAACUUUGUCCAGAGAGGGAGUGUGGGGUCUGUAUAAAGGGAUGGGAGCGCCGCUGGCCGGAGUGGCUCCGAUGAUGGCCAUCAGCUUCUUUGGAUUUGGACUCGGGAAGCAGCUGCUCCAAAGGGACCCGACCGUCCCGAUCACACCCACACACACCUUCAUGGCUGGAAUGUUAGCUGGAGGUUUCACUACAGUCAUAGUAGCUCCAGGAGAGAGGAUCAAGUGUCUGCUACAGGUGCAGUCCAUUAGCGGGCAGCUGCAAUACUCCGGACCAAUAGACUGUGCGGUGAAACUGUAUAAACAGCAGGGAAUCUGCAGUGUGUAUAAGGGAACUGUCCUCACUCUUAUCAGAGAUGUUCCUUCUACUGGUCUUUACUAUUUAACAUAUGAAAGCCUGAAACACCUCCUCACUCCUGAGGGCCAGAGUGUGGAUUGCCUCGGCACUUUGAGGAUUCUUCUGGCUGGAGGAACCGCUGGAAUGGUGAACUGGGCCGUCGCUCUUCCACCUGACGUCCUCAAGUCCAACUUUCAGACAGGUGACUUAUAAUAACAGCUACUUUAGUUACCAUAGCAACAGGGAGUAACUUUCUGUUCAGUGAGAUUAUUAUAAAAGCCCUCUUUAAACACUUUAAAGUCGUCAGUUUAGUGGUUUAUAAUCCAGGAUUAUGUGAAAGAUCUUCUGCUUUUAUCUGAAAUAAAGUGAUGAUGAUGAUGAUGAUGAUGAUGAUCUCACUGCUACAGUGAAGUCAGUGGUGUGUGUGUGCAUGUGUAUGUGUGUAUGAUGUGUGUCUGUUAUUUGUGUGUGCGUUUGUGCAUCUAUGUAU